UUUUUUUCGCCUUUUAACAAAGAAUUUGACCGGAAAAAAAAAAAAAAAGACAAAAAAAGUGAAUAAAAAAGGGGAAAAAAAAGAAGAAUACAACUCCCUCACAACUCUCUUUUUCCACCGCUCUUCCUGCUAAUAAAUCCAAUUAAUUCUCAAUUAAUUAAUAAGCUGCAGGAUGAAUUGUGGAGCGAACCGCUUAAAAGGAACGUUUUUCACGCUUUAUUAAAAAUAUUCCUCCACACACCCAUCCCAGAGGAAUUUGGGAAGGAGCAGCGACCUCUUCAAGCAACCCAAAAAAAAAAAAAAAAUCGAAAAAUCCAUUUAAAACCGCGGAAACAAAGCGGAGGCGCCCGCGCUGCCGCCGCCUCGGAACCUCGGAGGAGGCAGACGAGGAGCCGAGCCCGGAGCAGGAAUUGGGUGUUGGGGAGAUGUUGCCAAACCUCGAGCGGAGCGUUUGAACGCGAGAUCUGCUUAUUUUUGGGGUUUUUUUGUUGUUUUUUUCCUUGUUUUUUUUUUCACCUCCCCUCCCCCUCUGGCCCCUCUCCGGAGGGAUGUGUGUGAUCAGCGAGUGGAAACACAAAUGUCUUGAUUUUCUUGAUUUUCUUGAUUUUCUCUGCCCUUUUUUGAAAGGGACAAAGUAAAAAAAAACCAAAAAACACCCAAAAAAAUGUUCUUAACCUGCGAGGGCACUUUGGGGAUCGUUCCGGCCACCAUGGACUACAACGUGCCAGCCCGGCCGGGCCAUUUCCACGCUGGCUACCAACAGAUCGAAGGCAUCAAUUUGGGUUAUUUACAAAUCAACGGCACCCAAAUGUUCGCGCUGGCCCAGGUGCUCAGCGACCUUUUCAAGGACAUCCCCAGGACCACCAUCAGCAAGAAAAUGGAAACUUUAAAAAUCAAAAGCCGCCGCUGCGACCUGGCCGAGCUGCGGACCCUCAAAGCCAUCAACUCCGUGCCCACCCGCGCCGUGAAGUGUUCGCUCAUCUCCAAGGCGGACCUGGAGGCUCUCUGCACCUCCUGCCGGAGCCUCCGCCGGAGGAAGAGGAGGAGGAAGAGCAGGAGGAGGCAGCAGCUGCUGCCGCCGUCCUCCGGGGGGUUCUUCCCCUGCCCGCGGCCCCCUCCCUGCAGAGCCAGCGGUUGUUGCGCUGCCCCCGGCCGGGCAGUGCCGCCCCCCGGCCCGCAGCAGCUCCAGCCGGUCCGCGGGGGGAUUUUUGGGGGUGUCCCGGCCGCUUCUCCCCGGUAUUUAGCGCUGCUGCACCCCGCGGCCGCGCAGCCCUGCGCGCUCCCGGCCGCGCUCGGUACCGCGGGCCGGUACCGGAGGGGUCCGUGCUGGCCCCGGGGGCUCGCCCCGGCCGGAGCGGGGCCGGCGGCCGGCAGGAAGGGUCGGUGCCGCGGUUUCGCCGUUUCCAAGCGCCAGGGAACGUCCGCCGGUUACUCCAGCGAUUCGGAUUCCAGCUUGGACCUCGCCGCCUCCAGCGCCGCCACCUCCAGCGACUCCUCGGAGGAGGAGGAGGAAGAGGAGGAGGAGGAGGAGGAGGAAGAGGAGGAAGGGGACAGCUCGUGCAGCAGCGAGGAGGGCAGCUCCUCGGAGUCGGAGAGCAGCGGGGACUCGGUGCAGAGCACUCGGUACCGACAGGCGGCCCUGCCCCGGUUCCAGCCCCACCGGGAAGCGCUCGGGGAGGAGCGGCCGGCGGAGCCCCCCCCGAGCAAAGCGCUGCGCCCCGAGCCCGAGCUCCUCUUCCUCUCGCAGCACCUCUGGGCCCGCACCCUGCGAGCCUCAACUUUGGAAAGUUUGAGCGCGGCCGCAGCGCCGGGGGCUCAGCCGGGGCUCUCCGCGAGGCACGAAGCCUCCCCUGCUUCUUCCUCCUCCUCCUCCUCCUCCUCCUCCUCCUCCUCGCCCCCUCCCUCCCCGAGCCGCAGCAUCCCCGGGGGGGCCCCGCCACAAAAGGAGCGCGGCUCUGGGGAGGCCGGGGGGAAGGAUUUGCACAAAGACGCCUCGAACAAAAGCUCCUGCUCCGAGCGGCCCCGCGGAGCCUCCCCGGGGCCGGCGCCUUCCCCCGAACCGGCCCCGGAGCUGCGGCCGAGCCCCGCUGCCCUCGGCGAGCCCCGACCGGAGCAUUUCGACCGCUUGAUCCGCCAAUCCAAGCUGUGGUGCUACGCCAAAGGAUUCAACGUGGACGGGAAAGGUUUGAGGCACGGCCGGGGCAGCCCGGAGCUCUGGAGGGGAGCGGAGCUGCGCUUCCAGCCCGGUGGAACCGGAGCCGAGAGCCCCGCGGCGUUGCGAGGUCGCCGGGAUGGCAACUCCAAACGGCGGCGACUCGCCAGGGUCACCGAGAGGCGACGCGGCUCCUCCAAAAGCAGACCGCCAAAAAACCCCAGGAGGAAUUCCAGGAAGGGAAACGAAGCGAAACCUCGGAAUUCUUUCAGCCUGAUGGGCAACUUCCCCUGCACGCCCUCGCUGGUGGUGGGCGAGGACGGAGAUUUGUGCCCGGCCUCGUCGCUGGGUGGUAAAAAGUCCUGGGCGCUGGCCAAGACGCACCCGCUGUGGCGGUGGCACCUGGGGGGCAGCGCCAUCCCCGUGCCCCCCAGCCCCAAAUUCCGCGCAGGGGUCGCGGAGGGUCCCUGAGGAGCGCAGGAGCCGCUCCAGGAUCGCGGGAGGUGCCGGGGAUGGGAGCGGGGGCUCG